AUUAUCAAACAUCAACGGGGUACGCGUACAGCCGCGCACGGUUGCACGAUUAACCGUGUUCUCGUUCCGUAAACCGUUCCGAGUGCGAGCUCGCGUCUUUCCGACGUUGAAAAAGCUUUUCUGCACGGCCAUGUUUGUCGAGACGAGCGUUUCUCGCCCGAAAUCCGCGUCAUUCGUUACCGAGUAUGUCGCGUUCCGUCUACCACCGAGUCAACCCGUUCUUCUACCUAUACGUUCGCGCGUUAAGCAUCACGAGGAUACAAGGUUAAUCAUGCCAGCGAGAGCAGGACACGAUAUCCUUCGGAAGCGAUUCCUGCCCGACAGAAGAGGUAGGAAGGACUUGCAAUGGAACAACUCGGAGAAGGACAGGCAGUUGUGGUCGGCGGUGCCGGUGGAACUGUACAGGUUGUCCAAAUGGGUCAAGGGGGCCAAGCGAUGAUGUUGCCACAAGCGAUACAAGUAGCUGCACCUAAUGGACAGAUACAAGUUGUUCCAGUUUCGAGUUUGACUAGUACAGGACAGCAGAUUGUGAUUCAACAGCCGCAGACACCACAAAUCAUUCAAACUCCAGAUGGACAAACGUAUAUAUAUCAACCAGUUCAAUUGGAAGGCCAAGUGCAGCAAACGCAACCAACAGUAAUUAACAUCAAUGGAAACCUUAUGCAAAUUGCUGGGACGACGUCACAGACAGCAACUACAGCAGCAACUACAACACCAGUGCAGCCUUUAGCAAGUCCUACAGCAACAGCAUCACAGGCAGGAAAUGUUGUCAUGAUGGUACCGGGAAAUAGUGGACAAACGCAGUUUCAAAGGGUAGCAUUACCUAACGCUGAAGUUUUUGAAGAAGAACCUUUAUAUGUAAAUGCAAAACAAUACAGACGUAUACUGAAACGCCGUCAAGCUCGUGCUAAAUUAGAGGCUGAAGGAAAAAUACCUAAAGAAAGACCAAAAUACCUUCACGAGUCCCGUCACCGGCACGCAAUGAACAGAAUUCGUGGUGAAGGCGGUCGUUUUCAUUCUGGACAAGUAAAGAAACGAAAUAGAGCAAGCGAAAACUCCAUGAUAACCCAGCACAUCACAACUUCGACCAGCACCAAUACCGUUCGUACUAUAGCAAUAGCAGCAGCAAAUGUAGGUGUACAGUAUCACGACACAGAUAAUAUGGCAUCCACCAUCGUUAUAGAAAAACCGGCUAUUCCUCUUCAGGAUAUGAUUUCUGAAGAUGAUAUUGUUACAUCGAACAAUCGCUUACUAUAGAUAAAUAUUUAAACUGGAUGAAGUAGGUAAUAUAAAAAACAAACGAGGAAAAAUGUGUCAGUGAUGGAGUUCUAUUUAUAUUUGCGUUAGUCUUGAGCGAACACCUUUGUAAAUAAUACUCAUCUUCAUUUGAGAUAUAGCGCAAAUAUAAUUAUCGAGGACAAGGAAAAGCUGUGAACAGUUAUCAAAGUUGUAUAUAAUACGCUUGUAAAAGCGCUUAACUUUUACAUUUUUUCUUCUGCUUCUUUUUAUAUAUAGUCUCAUACAGACCUGAUAAUACUACUGUGCGGUAUCGUGUCCUGGUACGAUGAUAAACUUGAUCAAAAAAUGAAACGAUUCGCAUUUGAUAUUUUCGUAAGGGGAAAAAAAUGCGUUACGGCUUUGUUGUGUUUUUCUAUCGCACAUUUUGUAUACAUACAUGUUAAACUUUGCACUGUAACAUAUCGGGUGUAAAAUGUUUGUACAAUUUCAUAUAACAAAUGUAUCGUUACAUUGGAUCGAGAGACUGAAAUAUAAUUUAUUAUUACGUGCUGGGUACCAUUUAUAGAAUAGAUUUUAUAAAUGAAUUAGUCAUUGACUUCCAUUUCAAUGAUUACGUGAAGAAGAGUGCAUCGAUAAGACUUUUGUAUAUUUUUUGAGUGCAAGUACAAUUCAUUUAGUCUAAUGAGAAAAGCUUUAUGGGAUAUAGUUAGUUAUUAAGAAUACAUUAUAAGAAGGUUACUCCUAAUACGUGCAGUGGCUUAUUAUAAAUAAUACAUUUAAUAUUUUAUUAAUUCGAUUCGAUAGGAGGAACCUACUAAGCGUCACAUAAUUCAUCUUAUUGGUUGUUCAAAUUAUUGAAAUUUUAUUAUAAUUGCUGAUUCAUUUGUUUUAUGUAUAAUUAUAAAUUGUUCGAAUAUUUGACAAAAUGAUUGAAAAGGAAAAAUUAAAAAAAGGUGUAACGAUAUUUGUAUACUAAGCUCAUUAAAAUGUUUUUGCACUAUUA